CCUCCCGUGUAAGUGCGGGUGUUCGCUCCCUCCGCCUUUGCCACGCGCUCAGACAACUUGCACGUAUCGCACGGAAAGUUUAAUACGUGUUCUACCGUAGCCUCGUCUCGUCUCAUUGGUGGCUCCAUGAGGAUUUUCUGACUCAACUACCGAGAGUGUUUUGUAAAGUGAGCCAGAGCGAGUGGCGGUCACCUGGAACAGCAACAUUGUCCUUCUGGUGUGUUCGGGCCACGUGAUGCAUCAGGAAGAAUGGAGCGAGAGUGUCACACGAGCUCGUUGACUCCACUACGGUGCAAAGAUCCUUAGCUCUUUGGUCUCAAAGAAAAAAAUAUGAGAGCGAUGCACUUUCGAAACAUGAAGUAAGAGCAACUAAGAGUGGCCAAAUGAGAGUGACUUGACUAGAUAGACAACAGACGAAAGGUAGUAUGGAAAAUCGAGGCGAGGGAAUUGUCCCCCUUUUGCAGAACUUAGCAAAGAGGAUAAUGCGUUUAUCAGAGGCUUGAGUCAGACAACAAUGCACUUUUCAAACAUCAAGGAAAGAGAACAACGAGCUUAAUAGUCUCCUCUGAAGGAAAAUUGCUUUGCUGGAACUAAAGGGAAUCGGGAGGUACAUUUUUUAAAGAUUCAAAGAAAGAGAACAGUGGAUUUACGAGACCUAGUAAAGUGAAAAUUCACAAUAUAGAGUUGUCUCAAGCAGACGGGAAAAUGGACUUUCCUAAUUUCUGAUAAAGGAUAAUCAAGACUAUAGAUAAAGGGAACAUAUAACGCACUUUUUGACACCCUCAAGUAAAACACAGUAUGCAUUUCCAGAGACUUGAAAAGAACAUUUAAUCUUUUGAAUCUCGCGGUGCCUGAACGGCUACCAAUCACCUGCACUUCUUGCCCCCACCACCACAACCAUCACCACCACCGUCAUCAUUGAAGUCUCUCUAGUGUGACAACUACCAAGGACAGAAACCACUUAGCACCACCUCUGUCCAGCUUCACCACCACCACCACCACCACCACCACCGUCAUGAGGACCUUCGCCUUCACGCUGCUCCUCGCCGUCACCACGCCUGGCUGGUGUUCGUGGCCCGCCGGGCCCGCGUUCGUCCACGCCCCUGUCAACGUGACGGUGAGCGAGGGGUCCCACGCCUUCCUACCCUGCAGAGUGGCAAACCUCGGCGACAGAUCCGUGACGUGGCUGCGGCGGCGGAGGCUACACAUCAUCACGGCGGGCCUGCUCACCUACUCCCCGGACGACCGAUACAGAGUAUUGCACCCGCCGGACACAGACGAGUGGACGCUGCACAUCAAACGCACGAGGCCAGGUGACGCGGGCUGGUACGAGUGUCAGGUGAACUCCGAUCCCAAGAUCACCACGCCCGUCCUGCUCGUUGUCAGAGAUAAAAGCCUGGACGACCCUUUCCACAUGCCGGAGGUGGCGUCCGACAAUAACAACACACAAGUGCGUAUCGAGGGUGCGGGGGAGCGGUACAUCCAGCAGGGCAGCAUCUUGGCCGUCAACUGCACAGCGAACCACCCCAGCGGCGGCGGACCCCAGGCGGUGGUGUGGUAUCGCGGCGCCGCCAGACUUGACUACGACUCUCCCAGGGGCGGCAUUGAACUGCAGACCGAGAAGGCGCCUCAGGCCACCAUGAGUCGCCUCAGACUGUCCUCCGUCACCCCAAGAGACUCCGGACGCUACACCUGCCACCCUGACACCGGGGGAUACGCGUCGGUGUUGGUCCAUGUCCAGUCGGACCAGCCUCGAGCCGCCGUCCAGCAGAGCGGCCAAAACACUGCUGCCCCUUCACCCGUCGCCGCCUCCGCCUCCCCGCUGCUGCUGCUCCUCGCCGUCUGCCUCGCCCACCUGCCUCCACCCCUCUGCCUCUCUGGGGGCGCCUUGGCCUCAGCCUUCUGAACCUAACCCUUUUAUGUCCGUUUUAUCGUUCUUUCGUGUGGGUACCUAUGUAGAAGCUAUUUUUGUAAAUAUCUCGAAAAAAAGAUAGAAAAAUGUAUGUAUUUUC